AUGGGGAAUACGACGGGCUGGCUUACACAGUCUCUAUGUCCUGAAGAACAAGCGUUAUGGAUUGCUGCAAAAAGUGGUGACUUGGCCGUAUUACGUGAAGGAUUGUCACGUCUUACACCUGAAACGCGCUUUUACUCGGAGUGGAGAGACCCAGUUUAUGGUUACUCACCAUUGGCAAAUGCUUGUGCACAAGGUCAUUUGCAUUGUGUUGAAGCACUACUUGCAUAUGGUGUAGACUGUAAUGUACGAGAUGCACAGGGUCAUACGCCAUUACAUAUUGCAACAGCUUGUGGGAAGAGUGAAGUCGUACGGCUUUUGUUAGAGACACCAUCCGUAGACUAUUUCGCCACGACAUCAACAAAGACCAAGACAGCAUUAGAAAUUGCUCGUCACGCUUAUAAAGUCUCGGAAGGACGAGGAUUAAUUUAUGUUCAGUGUAUGGAACAUCUUGAAAAGAAACUUUGUCUUUAUUCAGGAUGGCUAUAUGAAAGAGCCGAUACUUUCUUAUCAAUUGCUUCAGGUAUCUCGGGUCUGGAAUCGUGGAAGAAAAGAUAUGCAAUCGUCUUGCGGACUGCUACACGAGAUGUUGUUGAAAUUGAUUUAUUUCCUAUGAAGCCAGGAGAACGACGUCCACCUAUUCCAAGUUCGGAGCUCUUGUAUAAAACAAGUGACGGGAUUCAGCAAAGUGACGACUUUACGUGGUUAAAACGAAAAGAGUUUCGACUCUCAUUAAAAGUAUCAAGAAAGCUGGAAACUAGUCGAGCUUCUACAGUUCAAUCAAUGGAGUUUGCAGCUACAAAUCAAAACGAAUUGAUUGCUUGGAAAACGUUUUUAACAAACUUACGAGUGAAUCCUUCAUCGAGUCCAAUUUCAACUGCAUUUGGAGAAGACCAACAACAACUUUUUCCAUCGCCUCAAAUUGCACCACGUGAUUCAAAUUCUAGUCAGAAUAUCAGUCCUCGUCAAGCUGCAUUACAACAAGAGCAGCGCGAGAUUGAACAAGCACUUCGACUGUCGUUAGAAGAAGCACGUCACGCUCGCAUGGUAUCCGAAGCAUCUGCUCCACCUCCUUCCGACACAUUGCUAGAUGCACUUGGCUAUUCGGAAACUGUGGUUGGUCCUGAUGGAGUGGAAAUUGUACAACUCCUUCGAGAUGAUGACGUCACCAUUAGUCCCGCUUUACAUUCCCGUUCUUUGCAGAAGAAUAUGACGCAAAUUACGGGAAUUCAACGGACCGACGAGUGCGUCAUUUGUUUUGACGGAUUGCAAGAAGCAGUUUGUGUUCCGUGUGGCCACAAUGCCGUUUGUAUGGAUUGUGCUCAAGAAUUAAUUGAUACGACUCGACUAUGUCCUGUUUGUCGACAACAAGUACGAGAAGUUAUUCGCCUUUACCGUGUUUGA